CUUAACAUUAAUAGUUGAGUCUUCUAUAAAAACUUUACAUGAGCUCCUCAAUCACUAUGUACACAAUACUAUCAACUUCAAAAAAAAUGUUGAACUACUUCCUCAUUUCCCUUCUCACCCUCUCUUUCAUCCUGGUGAUAGCUGUUGCCGCCAUUGAGUCGCCGGAGCUUUCUGUCCCCGCUGGCUGCCCUGUGCCGGAACAUGACCUUAAUUACCGGCCAGUCAUCGGGAUUAUCAGCCAUCCCAGUGACGGAGCCUCCGGUCGUAUAGUUAAUUCCAGCAAAGUUUCCUACAUUGCCUCUUCAUAUGUGAAGUUUGUUGAAUCGGGUGGUGCUAGGGUCAUUCCACUUCUCUUUGAGGAUUCUCCUCAACUUCUAAAUCAAAAACUUGAUCUAGUGAAUGGCGUGAUCUUCCCAGGAGGGUGGGCCAAGAAGGGACAAUAUUUUGAGACUGUCAAAGCUAUUUUCAAGAAAGUUUUGGAAAAGAAUGAUGCCGGAGAACAUUUCCCUCUCCUUGCGAUCAACCUUGGAUUUGAUCUUUUGAUGAUGAUUGUCUCCAAGGACAAGAACAUUCUUGAGAAAUUCAGUGUAUCAAAUCAGGCAACCAAACUCCAGUUUGUGGAAACCGUUAAUAUUGAAGAUACAGUAUUUGGGAGAUUCCCACCUACAUUGGUAAAGAAGUUGAGUAAGGAAUGCCUUGUGCUACAAAAUCUUAAAUAUGGCUUAUCACCAGAAAAAUUUCAAGCAAAUGAUGAUCUAUCGAGCUUUUUUAUUAUGUUGACUACUAGCACAGAUACACGCAACAGGGUUUAUGUCUCUACUCUUCAAGCAGAGAACUAUCCCAUAACUGCUUUACAGUGGCACCCAGAGAAAAGUUCUUUUGAAUGGGGAUCAUCAGCAAUUCCACAUUCUGAGGAUGCAGUUCAAGUGACUCAACUUGUUGCCACCUAUUUUGUCAGUGAAACAAGGAAGUCUUCUAAUAAACCUGAGGCUCAAAAAGUACUUGAUAAUCUCAUCUACAAUUACAGUCCCACUUAUAGUGGGAAGGCUGGAAAGGGUUACGACGAGGUUUACAUUUUCAACGGUCCUGCUGUGAGCUCUCUUUAGAUGCAGAGGAAAUGCAAAUGAACUAGUAAGAAUAUUAGAAUAACCCUGAGUGUAAGAUUUAGUAAUCGAAGGGACUUCUCGAUGCUUCGAGCAAUCUCCAGUUUCAUUUCGAAAAAACUAGCACUUGAUUAUACUAGCUCCACUCUUGUACCAUUGUGUUUUAACAAGAUUCUUGAAUGGUUUCUAUCUUGCAUUAUGGAUAGAAGUGCUGCAGCGGAUUGCCAUUGCGUUGUACU